AUGUCACGUCCCGAACUUUUACCACCGGUACACUACACUACAGCCAAAAGCUCUCCUUCCUCAUCAACCCCAUUUACUUAUUUAAUACCCCUCAAAACUAGGCAUGUUUUUAAUUUUUUUCUUGAGUUUUUUGUUUCUCUCCCCUCUCAUUUAUUCAUGCAAACAAAGAAUGUUUGGAUAGAGAAAGGAAUGUUUUUGCCAUAUUUCUAUUUCUCUACUUUUAUUUUUUCUUUAUUUUUACUGUUCAUUGGUUAUGUUUGUGUGCCAGACAAUUCCGUGCCGCAUAAAAUGUCAAAUCCCAAAUAA